AUGAGUAAACCAAACAAAAAUUCAAAGUUUAAAGAAUUAAAUGUAACCAAAGAAACAUAUAAAGCUAUUAAAAAUGUAGGUUUUAAAUAUAUGACAGAAAUUCAAGCUGAAGUUUUACCCAAAGCAUUAGAUGGAACUGAUAUUGUAGCAACUGCAAAAACUGGUUCUGGAAAAACUCUAUCAUUCCUAAUUCCUGCUGUGGAAUUAGUAGCCAAGCUUUUAAAUGAAGCACCAUCAACCUAUUGUAUUAUUGUAUCACCUACUAGAGAAUUGGCAACACAAACAUAUAAUGUUUUACAAGAUCUUGUCUGUUUUCAUGAAGGAAUUACUUCUGCCUUAAUAAUAGGUGGAGAAAAUAGAAAAGCACAGAGCAUACUUUUAGCUGACAAUGUACAUAUAGUAGUAGCUACACCAGGUAGACUCUUUGAUCACAUGAGAACAAAAGAAUUUGAUUAUAAAAAUGUCUCCUGUCUUAUAUUAGAUGAGGCAGAUAAGAUAUUUCAAUAUGGCUUUGAAGAGGAUUUAAAACAAAUUAUUAAUAGACUCCCGAAGAAUAGACAAACUAUGCUAUUCAGUGCUACUCUGUCCGAUACAACUGAGGCCUUAAUUAAAUCUGCUAUGAGAGAAGAUUAUUACUCUAUUAACACAGAUGAAGACAAUGAUAGGGCUACAGUAGAAGGACUUAAACAAGGGUAUGCAAUAUGUGAAACAGAGUAUAGACUUUAUUGGUUACAUAAAUUGUUGAAGAAGACGCUAAAUCAGAAAAUAAUGGUGUUUUUUUCAAGCUGUAAAUCGGUUGUGUUUCAUCAUGAGUUUUUGUCAAAAUAUUGCAGCAUGUCAGUUCUUUGUAUACAUGGUAAAAUGAACCAAGCAGAUAGGACAAGUGUGAUCUCGGAGUUCUACUGUGCUGAUAAAAUGGCAUUAUUCUGCACAGAUUUGGCCGCCAGAGGUCUAGAUAUACCAGCUGUUGACUGGAUAGUCCAGUUUGAUCCUCCGGCUGAUACUAAUGAAUACAUUCACCGAGUGGGAAGGACAGCUAGAGGUUUAGGCGCUGAAGGCCGAGCCGUGUUAUUAUUGAGACCAGAGGAAAAAGAAUUCAUAGAAUAUCUCAAAGAAGCGAAAGUCUUUUUAGACAAAUACGAAACAUGGGACAAAUUUAGUAAUUUACAACCAAAGCUGAACGAAGCAUUACAAGAUCCAGAUUUUCACGAAAUGGCGGUGGAAGCAUUUCAGGGGUACAUAAGGGCAUUCGAAGUGAAAAAAUUAAAACAUGUUUUUAACUUACUUAGUAUGGACAUGGACGCAGUCGCCAGAUCUUUCGGUCUUAAGGAGAAACCGGACGUUGAUAUCCAUUUAGCCCAAGAAAGUGCAGUGGUGGGCUUAAAAAUAAACACAAACGAAACUAAAAUAAUCAGUAACAGGGCGCAUGAAAAGAUAGAAGUAGAUCAAAAAGUAAUCGAAUACGUAACUGAAUAUACAUAUCUAGGACAAAUUAUAUCCCCCAAGAACAUGACGGAUAAAGAAGUACAACAAAGAGUAGCAAGUACAUGGAAAAGAUACUGGUCCCUGAAAGGUGUUGGUUUUAGUAAAAAGCAUAGACCAAGGAAAAGAAAGGCGGCAACUACCAUUGUUCCAGAGAAACUAAAAAAGUGA